AUGGCUGGGUUCCUGGACAACUUCCGCAUGCCGGAGUGUGAGUGCAUCGACUGGGGGGAGAGGAGAAAUACCCUUGCAUCCAUCGUUGCCGGAGUCCUGGUGAGUGCUGGGGCAUGAAAGCUUCGCUCUCUCUCUCUCUCUCUCUCUCUCUGUGUGUGUGUGUGUGUGUGUGAGAGAUUCCAGCGUUAUGGAUGUUACAUUUUCACGCAAAAGCACAACUUAAAUGUCUCACGGAAUGAACAAACAAAAUAUAAAUGAAACUUUUGUCUGCCUAUAGUAACCCUUGUAAAUAUUGACUUGUUGGAGAAAUAAAGCCAAUAAGAAGCAUUAUGGAUGUUACAUGAAAUGGACAUACUGAUAUUACAAAAAAUACUUUACAUUGCAUGAGCCACAUCAGUUAGCAUUAUGUGAAUGAACAUCCCACAUUACUGUGGCAAUCCAGCAUCAGUUAAUAGAACAUUUCUAAAUACCAUAUAAAUUAUUGCAUCACAAUACCAGGCAGCCAUUGCAAGUGUAACCAUGAGUUUACCAGUUAAUUGCCAGGGUUAGAGCUAGCCUGGGAGGAGGUUGUGGGGGGGAAUUGAGGAGGGUGGUGCGGAGGGCAGUGUGGCCGGCGAUGCUCCAAACUCUGUGUUGGGCCUCUGUCACUGCGUACGGCUUGGGCAUAGCUCAGUGUAUCUGCAUGCAGUUCCUGGGAGACAAGUGGUGGAGGGUGAUGUGGGGGGCAGUGUUGCUGGCUGUUCUCCAGUCUCUGUGAGGUGCCACCGGAUGCAGGUCUAAACAUGCAUCUGAUUUGUCUCAGGGAGUUGGUGGCUGGUCUGCUGCUCCUGUGGGGUGAGGUGGACUGGCCACCCAAAGCAACAUCCUGGCGAAGGUGAGGACAGCCUCUUUGAAGAAGUUAACAUUAUCAUACAGACAGUCCAAACUAAGGUUGGGAAGGUGUGCCAAUUUUACAUUUGGCCAUUUAGCACAGUUCCGGGAGAAGCUGGCAUUUAUUCUCUCGAUGGUGGCAGGGUGAAAAUCUCUCCUCCGGAGCAGGGUGGAUAUUACAAUCCUCACAUCUGGGAAGGUGGUAGAGGCCCUCUCCAACACCCUACCAAGUGAUGUGGCCACCCUCUCCUGUUGAGCGUGCAGGUCAUUGGUUCCAGUAUGUACAAUGAUAAGGCUCGGUGAACGAAGCUGGGCCACGGUCAAUUUAAUGAAUUUUCCAUUGGAGUCCAUCAUCAAAACAAUGUCAGGCUUCUUCUCAAGCCUGUGGAGGAUGGCAAGAGUGGGAGCAAUCACAGGCCGUGAGACUGGGGUGGAGGGGGUCAGCUGGGUUGGUGGAUUGGUUUGAUGUUUUGGUUGGUUGAUGGGUCCUUGUUCAACAGUUUACUGGGUCCUAGGUUUUUACUGGAAUUUAAGGAGUGGGCCCCUUGGCUGACCAAUUCCUGUCUUAGAUCUUGUAGCGCCUUCUGCAGGUUCCUGGAGAUGGCUUAUAUUGACUGUGGUGGACAGUUCCUCUCGUACUCUGCGCACUUCCAUCCUGAGGGUAGGGGUGGGCGAUAUGAGCUAAAAUUCAUAUCACGAUAUUUUCCACUGUCCAGACGAUAUCGAUAUGAUAUCACGAUAUAUGACGUAAAAAAAUAUGAAUCACAUUUUAAUAUCCCUUCUUGGUUAAAUUAUAUUAGUUAAGGAAAAAUAUGUAUUUGAACCUUAUAUAACCAGAAAGAGUGAGGCAUUGGACCGUAUGGACCUGAAAAGUUUUUAUUUGUAUUGUGCAAACAUGCAUUCCGUAAACAUGAGGUAGGUAGGCCUAUAUAUAUAUAUAUAUAUAUAUAAAUUAGAUAUUAAGUAAAAUUAAAUAAAAAAUAACAGGAGAUAAAGAAAAUAAGGUAAUUACAAAUUCAAAUACGUGUGUUUGUUUUGGCUACGGUCCGUAGAUAUGUAAAAAACUAACCGUUUGAAACUAAACCUUUCAAGCCUCAACCAUCAAUUAUCAACAAUAUCAACAAAUCUUCACUAGAACUUUCUUCACAAGUUCCGUGCCAGGAAUACCAGCAUGUUGACUGUUUCUGGCUUUAGUGCUGCCCUGUGACAUGUCACCACAUUGCCCCCAGUGCUGAAUGCCCUCUCAGAGGGGGCACUUGUGGCAGGGAUGCAUAAGUAUUUCUUUGCCAGACAACUCACACGUGGAAAAUUAGAUCCGUGAAAUCGCCACCACUCCAAAGGAUCAGACUCGCUGUCUGCUGCCGUUGCCAGAAUGUAGCUAUUCAGCUCUUGCUCAAUGAUCUGCCUCUCUGAACAUGAGGCAGGUGCACUGCUGGUCUGCUUAAAGAAGCUCCCAAGGCUCUUCUUGGGCUUCUUGCCUGAUUGAUGAGCAGUGGAAGCUUCUUUCUCCCUGUCAGUGUGAUCCUCUGCAAGAGACGAUUUUCCCAGGGCUGUGUUCUCCACCAGGAGGGCUUCGGUCUCUGAGGCAGCUCUCACCUUAAAAAAUGAAAAUAAUUAAACUUUAUUUGUAUAGCACCUUUCAUACAUAAAAUGCAGCCCAAAGUGCUUUACAUUUGAAGCAAUAAAACAAGAACAAAUGAAUAAAUACCUUAAUGUCCUCCAGUUUCUCAGCGGACAUGUACCUGGUCUUGAACCUUGGAUCUAGAAAGGUAGCCAUGGAGAGCAGCUCAUCUGUUGCAGGGUCAGUGUACUUGUUAUUCAAGUAAUCAAGAACCUUGAUCUUGAUCUCUUUGGUCAGUUCUGUAUCGUCCUUGCUCAGAUUUAGAACCUCUGCAUUUAACAGAUUGAUGACAGGCUUCAAAUAGGACACGCUCACAUACGCUUCUCCUGACAGGGCAUCUGUAAAGUCCUGGAGUGGCUUCAGUGCUGCUGUGACUGAUUCCAAGACCUGGAUGUCUUGCCAGGUAGGUACAAGGUGCUGUGUCUUUUUGUCCCCUGCCAGGACCUGUGUAAUGGCCUUUUCCUGCUCCAGGACUCUUUCCAUCAUUUUCAGACGAGAUCCCCACCUUGUCGGAGAUUCUGUGAUGAGCUUGUGCAGGGGCAGGCUUAGUUCAUUCUGUGCUGUCAUCAGGGCCUUCUGCUUUUUCCAGCUGUAUGAGAACGUGCUAACCACCUUUUUGCAAACCCCUGUGGCCCGGGAAAUCGCACACCCCUGUGGCCCGGGAGCGUUUUGGACACUCCUCUCUGGAAAUUGGGAAUAAGAAAUCAAAAUAAUAGGGUGAAAAAUAAUCAAAUCACAAUACAAUAAUAAUUAAUAAUAAUGCAUUUUUAUAUAGAAAUCACAAUACAAUAUAACUUUUAAUCUUUGUUUGAGGAUUUACGGCAUUUACAUUCAACUGUUACACAUUUUACAAAUCUGAUGUGCUUAGAUUUAGCCUACGGUACAUGGCUGAUGUGAGCUGUAUUUUUUCUUAAUAAUAAGCAUCAUACAGGGUAGGCCUAGGCUACAGUCCUGAAACUUACCAAUAGCAUUGUGCAGCCUGUGUCCGAAACAUCCAAGGUUUGCCCACUUGUUCAGCUGCAAUGCCUUGAUCAUGUUCGAUCCGCUGUCGGUCGUCAUACAAACUUGACGCGACUCUUUUAAUCCCCAGGACGACAGUAUGUCCCUCAGCCCACCUGCAAUUAUUUCCCCGGUGUGGUCGUCUGGGAAAUAAGACGUCUGUAGGCACUUACUUUUCAGUUUCCAGUCACCGUCUAUGUAAUGGAUUGUGAGGCUUAUAUAAGGUUCUGUGGUACGACUUGACCAUAGAUCGGCAGUAGUGGAGAAGAAUGGAAUGUUAUUUAUCUCACUGUAAACUCUGUCCCAGCAUUCUGUGUAAAGCUGUGGCAGGCAUUUUUGGCUAAAAUAUUUGCGGCUCGGGAUCUCAUAUCUUGGGUCCAGAGUUUGAAUCAACUUUCUGAACCCCUCUUUCUCCACAGUUUGAAUCGGUACCAUGUCCUUCGCUAUGUGAUUUGUAAUCGCAGCUGUGAUGUCUAUCCAUUUUUUGCUCGUCUUCUCAUAGCAAGUACCGGCAGCAAAUGAUGAUAUAAUUGAUUGUUGAGUGCGAGUCUGGCUUGUCUUCGGGCGAGCUCCUGGGCUUACUGUCUCACGCAUUCUGGUGCAUUGUUCAUACUCACGGACAUGUAUGUUUUUUAAGUGAUUGAACAGGUUGGUCGUGUUUCCACCUUUUGCUAAGACAACACGACGACACAACUUGCAUAGGGUAGUGUUUUGGUCGGGGUCGGAGAUUUUAAAGCCAAACCAGUUCCAAACAACAGAGGUGCCCCCUUUCUUCUUAACCAAUUUAUCCUCCUGCUCUUGAGCAACAUCAAUUUCUGUGUUUUCGCUCAUCCUGGAUUGUAAAGUUUUCCCCCAAUAGUUAACCUGCCUCCUAACUGCAGCUGCCUGCACACUUCUUUGUUGCUAGCACUACAUGCGUGCAACAAGUGCAUGCGACGUGCGCUCAUAAAAAUAGGUCAACAUAUUAACAUACAUUCUUUUAUUCGUAAGAACCAAGAAAGGUUGGAUAAAAAAAAAAAAAAAAAGAUGUAGCUACUUAGUACUAUCACUCAGUUGAAAUUUGGAACAAAAAAAUAUUGAUGCAAAAUUCGAAUUUAUGAAUUCUGAAUAAAUCGCGGUAUCCAUGAUAUUGCUAAAUCCAUAUCAUGGCGCGGCACAAUACCGGUUUUUACUAUCAAACCGGUAUAUCGCCCACUCCUACCUGAGGGACUGGUUGUCCUCCUCAACGCACCUGAUAGCAUACUGCAAUUCCCGGAUUUCAUCCAGAUGCUGACGCACCAGGCUGAUCUUCUCCUCUCUGAGAUGCUGUGACACUGCAGGUGUCACGUGACAGUGGCAUGGUGAGGGCUAUGUCUGCUUCAGGCGAGGGAAGGAGAGGGACACUGGGGACUUCAUCCUGGGACACAAAGGAAGUGGAGGCUGUUGUAGGCAGUUUUGGUUGAGAGGUUUUGAGUUCAGCAACAAGAGGUUUAAUUUGAUUAAAGUACUGGACAAAUGUAUCCAGACUGGCCUCCAAACCUUGAACCAUCACAGGGUCGAAUCAAUGUACAAUUACCUCAUAGUUCUGUUUUCUGAAGUUGUUAGUUGUUGUGUGUGUGCCUCUUGAUGAAAGCACAUAUUUAAAUAUUGCACCUAUAGAUACAUUCACGUUUUAAACAAUGCACUUUUAUGAAUAAUAAAUAUAUUAAAUAUGCUUUUCAAUGAAACAACACAUUACACAUAAAUUAAGAUACUCUCUCAAUGUUCAGAAUGUUCCCACCUCCCGUUGGUUCUUCUCAAUGCUUGUUUCACUAUCAAGGCCUGAACUAUCCUUGAGAAAUCCUUCCUCUUUCUCCCUCUGAUGGUUUUGUGUUUAUCUUUGUCCUAAUUCUUCUUGUUGUCCUUGUUGGGUUUAUAGUCCCCCAAACCCAUUCCUGCCUUGUCUUGCAUGAUGAUUCAGCAGAUUAGCCUUACCAGAACCAAGUCCAACAAUCUCCAAAUCAAACCAUAUCCACAAAAGAAAAGUAUCUUCUGAUUCCUCUAGAUGUGAAGAACACAGUGCACUGAAAUAACUAAGCUUUUCACAUAUAAUAAAAUUACAGAUAUUUAAGGAGGAGCUCUUCUUAAGUGCUGCUGCUCAUGGAAUUGGAGAUCGAUGUAUGCUCAUGUAUCUUUUACACGGAAUCGCCCUAGUACAGAAAUAAACUAGCACGGCCAGGCAACGCUUUUGAGAUGAAAUCUGCCUCAAACAGUGAAAGAAGAUGUGACAAUCAUGUCACAGAGCAAUCAAAACAAAGUGACAUUGAUUGGAGAGAGAGAGUGACUUUGAAAGCCCACUGUCAUCACACAGCUAGUGUUCUCUUGGUUCUUGUUUUCAUCUCAAUUAUCAGAAGUGUAUAGGAAAUGGCCUGCUGCAUGGACUAUGCAGCUUUGUUCUUUCUCCUGCCUUUUGUCAUUCUGUUGGCGGUGGACAAUUCACCCCAUAGAGUGCCAGAAAUGAGUUACUCAUUCGAAAACACCUUCAGGCAAUUGCAAGUUGACCAUUUUUCAACGUUUUCUCAGUAUGGGCUCAAUUUCAUUUGCUGCUUUCCCUUCUAUUGGAGGAAAACAUAUUAGUGAUGGAUAAUUUUUUUUUUACAGUUACAUAUCGCAAUAUUAUUUUUAGACAAUAUUAUAUUGAUAUUUUACUUCAAGGAUCAAUUUGUAAAAUAAAUAAAUAAUAUAUAUAUAUACAGUGGGGAGAACAAGUAUUUGAUACACUACACUGAUUUUGCAGGUUUUCCUACUUACAAAGCAUGUAGAGGUCUGUAAUUUUUAUCAUAGGUACACUUCAACUGUGAGAAUCCAGAAAAUCACAUUGUAUGAUUUUUAAGUAAUUAAUUUGCAUUUUAUUGUAUGACAUAAGUAUUUGAUACAUCACAAAAGCAGAACUUAAUAUUUGGUACAUAAACCUUUGUUUGUUUGUAAGUAGGAAAACCUGCAAAAUCGGCAGUGUAUCAAAUACUUGUUCUCCCCACUGUGUGUGUUUGUAUAUAUAUUUAUACAGUGGGGAGAAAAAGUAUUUGAUACACUGCCGAUUUUGCAGGUUUUCCUACUUACAAAGCAUGUAGAGGUCUGUAAUUUCUAUCAUAGGUACACUUCAACUGUGAGAGACGGAAUCUAAAAAUCAGAAAAUCACAUUGUAUGAUUUUUAAGUAAUUAAUUUGCAUUUUAUUGCAUGACAUGAGUAUUUGAUCACCUACCAACCAGUAAGAAUUCCGGCUCUCACAGACCUGUUAGUUUUUCUUUAAGAAGCCCUCCUGUUCUCCAUUCAUUACCUGUAUUAACUGCACCUGUUUGAAGUCGUUACCUGUAUAAAAGACACCUGUCCACACACUCAAUCAAACAGACUCCAACCUCUCCACAAUGGCCAAGACCAGAGAGCUGUGUAAGGACAUCAGGGAUAAAAUUGUAGACCUGCACAAGGCUGGGAUGGGCUACAAGACAAUAGGCAAGCAGCAUGGUGAGAAGGCAACAACUGUUGGCGCAAUUAUUAGAAAAUGGAAGAAGUUCAAGAUGACGGUCAAUCACCCUCGGUCUGGAGCUCCAUGCAAGAUCUCACCUCGUGGGGCAUCAAUGAUCAUGAGGAAGGUGAGGGAUCAGCCCAGAACUACACGGCAGGACCUGGUCAAUGACCUGAAGAGAGCUGGGACCACAGUCUCAAAGAAAACCAUUAGUAACACACUACGCCGUCAUGGAUUAAAAUCCUGCAGCGCACGCAAGGUCCCCCUGCUCAAGCCAGCGCAUGUCCAGGCCCGUCUGAAGUUUGCCAAUGACCAUCUGGAUGAUCCAGAGGAGGAAUGGGAGAAGGUCAUGUGGUCUGAUGAGACAAAAAUAGAGCUUUUUGGUCUAAACUCCACUCGCCGUGUUUGGAGGAAGAAGAAGGAUGAGUACACCAUCCCAACCGUGAAGCAUGGAGGUGGAAACAUAAUUCUUUGGGGAUGCUUUUCUGCAAAGGGGACAGGACGACUGCACCGUAUUGAGGGGAGGAUGGAUGGGGCCAUGUAUCGCGAGAUCUUGGCCAACAACCUCCUUCCCUCAGUAAGAGCAUUGAAGAUGGGUCAUGGCUGGGUCUUCCAGCAUGACAACAACCCGAAACACACAGCCAGGGCAACUAAGGAGUGGCAAACAAAGGUUUCUGUACCAAAUAUUAAAUUCUGCUUUUCUGAUGUAUCAAAUACUUAUGUCAUGCAAUAAAAUGCAAAUUAAUUACUUAAAAAUCAUACAAAGUGAUUUUCUGGAUUUUAGAUUCCGUCUCUCACAGUUGAAGUGUACCUAUGAUAACAAUUACAGACCUCUACAUGCUUUGUAAGUAGGAAAACCUGCAAAUUCGGCAGUGUAUCAAAUACUUGUUCUCCCCACUGUAUGUAUGUAUAUAUAUAUAUAUAUAUAUAUAUAUAUAUAUAUAUAUAUAUAUAUAUAUAUAUAUAUAUAUAUAUAUAUAUAUAUAUAUUAGUGAGCAAUAUGUUUGGAAUAUCAACUCGCAAUCGAAUCGCAAUACAUAUAGAAUCAUGAGAAUCGCACUACAUAUCAUAUCGGCACCUAAGUAUCGUGAAAAUAUUGCAUCGUGCUUCAGCGACAUUCUACUUCAAAAUGCAUGAAAAUUUGACACCAUUUGAAAUAUAACUGAUGCGCGCCACUGCACCGUAGGUGGCUAUACACUUGUGGCUCUCAUUCGCACCACUGCUCGCGCUGUUUGCUACAAAUAAAUUGUCACUCUGAUCUUAAAGGUAUAGUGCGAGAUUUUGGCAAUUAAGCACUUUUUCUACUUACCCACAGUCAGAUGAACUCAUGUGUACCAAAUCUUAUAUGUCUGCGUGCAGUUUGAAGGUAGUUUAGCGAGCCAUUGCUAACUAGUGUUAGUGCAAUGACUGCAUGCUAGCUGUUCCCAUAGACUUUCAAUCAUUGCGCUAACACUAGUUAAUAACUUCCUUCAAAACGGCAUGCAGACACACAAAAAUGGUAUCCAUGAUAUUCAUUUGAAUCUGGUUAAAUAGAAAAAGGGCUUAAUUUCCAAAAUCUCACACUAUCCCUUUUAAAAGUGCUUCUCGGCAGAAAUAUUUAAAAUAAAUGUAAAUCAUAUUUUUUGGAGUGGCGGCAACGAUUUAGCCGUGGUGGCCCACCGCUGCUAAAUUAAUAUAGGGAAAUAUUGAGAACUUUUGGAGACACACAACACACAUAAACACACACUCGCACACAGACACAUAAAUUAGUAAUUAGACAACUCUGUCAACCAUGGAACAGCACAUUGAGAGCUGUGUGUUAUAUUAACAUAAUGCUAUAUGUCUAGGCAUAGCAAGGCAGCAUUGGCCCCAGGCAGCAGCUCAUGAAUAAAGAAUGAGGAAGAAACUGAAAUAAUAUCUGUUCUGCUUUCAUUAAAAUGCUGUCUGCCAUUGUGGCAGGAUGAUUGCCAACUUUAUUCAAUUGAACAUUUAGUGAGAAACAUCAAACCCUUCAAGACAAAGCCUACAGUACAGAAUGUUUCUCUCUGUCUUUGUAGAUUUAUUUUUUAGGCAGUGUUAAUUAAUUUGUUUUCUUUGUACUUUGAUUGAUACAGCCUAAGUUGUUAGACUUCAAUUGAAUAACUGAACAGUGCAUACUGCAAACCUACAUUAUUUAGUUGUACCCCUCUCUCUCUCUCAGUUCUUCACUGGUUGGUGGAUCAUGAUAGAUGCAGCGGUGUCCUACCCAACCCAGGAGGAGAUGAACCAUGCCUUCCACACGUGUGGAGUCUUCGCCACUAUAGCCUUCUUCAUGUGAGCACAACGCGCACACACACACACAGAGAGACAAGGUAUUAGUACAAGCACCCACACAGUGUGUUUAUGUGUGUUUUUCCAGGAUCAAUGCAGUGUCUAAUGGCCAGGUGCGAGGUGAUGCCUAUGGAGAGGGCUGCUUCGGAAGGACAGGUUGGUUUGGCUUGAGAUGCAUAUCUAUGGCUGCAUAUAUGUCAAGAAUGUUACUGUCUGUGUGUUUAUGUGCACGUUUUAGGGAUGAUACUUGGCUGAUAGCCGAUACUACUUUUCCUUGUGGGAUAAGAGGCUGUUGUAUAUUUAUCGUGUUGAGUGGAGGUUUUUCUUGCGGCUGUCUUUGUGUGUUUCUGCAGGAGCUCGUCUUUGGCUGUUCAUCGGUUUCAUGAUUAUGUUCGGCUCCCUCAUCGCUUCCAUCUGGAUCCUGUUUGGAGGAUAUGUGGUUCCGAGUGAGUCAUGUUGCUUUCUCUCUCCCGCUCUUUCUUCUGGGUUUUCUUUCUUUUACAAAGCCCAUAAAAGUCCAGCCGAAAUGACCUUUCUACCUUUUCCUGAAUGGUGUGUGUCCAGAGAGGUGUAAUUACUGGUUUGUUGGCCACAUUACUCUCUGUAAUGGCUGGUAGCGAUGAGUCUUCCCCUGUAUCUGAUGCACUGAUACACACAACACAACCUCAUCAUUCUGCCACAGAUAGUGAGAUAGAGCUGAAACCCAUUUGCCCACAUUCACUCCGGAUGGUUGGUUUCAAUCACAUUGACACUGGCUCCUCUUUUACUGUCUCUCCCUUGCGCUCUGCAGUCCCCCACUUCUUCUUCUCUCUCAGUAUUCCACGUUAGCAACCACCGUCAUCAGCCACCAUAUUUCCUGACUUCAUCCUUUUGAGUCAUUACUCCUGGUCACAGUCUUACACCUGAACAGUACAACCCCUCAUUUUCUCUCCUGUUCAUCUUGUUGGGACUGGCUACAGAAUAGAAAACUUUCACUCUCUCUCAUUAAUGCAGAUAGUAUGGUAGUAUAGUUUAUAUUUGGAGCUCAUUACCUCUGUAUUCCAUAUUGCUUUUAGUCAGGUAGGAGGAGGCUGAGAUCCUCCCCAGCUCUUGAUUUAAAUGGUUUGACUAGGAAGGUAUCUGCUGGUUAUGUCUUUUGAAGAAUCUAAAUAAUAUUUUUCAGUAAGCCAUGUGUAUUUUUCUAUCAGCCUGGGGUUGAAAUGGGUUUCAGUAGUUGAUGGUCUUUGUUAUAUGCUGUCCAUCUCUCUUCUUCUUUUUUGCCCACGUCUUUCGUUUUUAUAAAGUUCCAGUUCCUGCUGUGAUGUGUUUUUAUACUAAUGGCCUUUUUCUCUCUCCCCCCUCCCCCCUUUUUCUUUGUAGAGAAAGACGUGUAUCCAGGACUGGCAGUAUUCUUUCAGAAUGCUUUGAUAUUUUUCAGGUAAGUACACAAAAGAUGAUGAUGAUGAUGAUGAUGAUGAUGAUAAAAGUGUAUUUUUGAUGGACCUUGUCUGGUGUUACGUAUCACUCUAUUGUCAGACAGGAAGAAACCAGGAAAUUAGAGUAACUAGCUCCCUUUCAUCAUGAUGGAAUUUUGAUUUUGUUACAUUACAGCCUUAUUCUAAAAUGGAUAAAAAAUGUACAAAUCCUCAACAAUCUACACACAAUACCCCAUAAAGACAAAGCGAAAACAGGUUUUUUGACAUUUCUGCAAAUGUAUUAAAAAUAAAAAACAGAUACCUUAUAAGUAUUCAGACCCUUUGCUAUGAGACUUGAAAUUGAGCUCAGGUGCAUCCUGUUUCCAUUGAUCAUCCUUGAAAUGUUUCUACAACUUUAUUGGAGUCCACCUGUGGUAAAUUCAAUUGAUUGGACAUGAUUUGGAAAGGCACACACCUGUCUAUAUAAGGUUGACAGUGCAUGUCAGAGCAAAAACCAAGCCAUGAGGUCGAAGGAAUUGUCUGUAGAGCUCCGAGACAGGAUUGUGUCGAGGCACAGAUCUGGGGAAGGGUACCAGACUUUGACUUAGCUCUAGAGUUCCUCUGUGGAGAUGGGAGAAACUUCCAGAAGGACAACCAUAAUAAUUAAUAAUAAUAAUAAUAAUAAUAAUAAUAAUAAUAAUAAUAAUAAUAAUUGGUCAUUUAGCAGACGCUCUUAUCCAGAGCGACUUACAGGAGCAAUUAGGGUUCGACAGAUUUUUCACCUAGUCGGCUCGGGGAUUAGAACCAGCGACCUUUCGGUUACUGGCACAACGCUCUUAACCACUAAGCUACCUGCCGCACUCCACCAAUCAGGCCUUUAUGGUAGAGUGGCCAGACGGAAUCCAUUCCUUAGUAGAAGGCACAUGACAGCCCGCUUGGAGCUUGCCAAAUGGCACCUAAAGACUCACAGACCAUGAGAAACAAGAUUCUCUGGUCUGAUGAAACCAAGAUUGAACUCUUUGGCCUGAAUGCCAAGUGUCACGUCUGGAAGAAACCUAGCACCAUCCCUAUGGUGAAGCAUGGUGGUGGCAGCGUCAUGCUGUGGGGAUGUUUUUCAGCAGCAGGGACUGGGAGACUAGUCAGGAUCGAGAGAAAGAUGAACGGAGCAAAGAACAGAGAGAUCCUUGAUGAAAACCUGCUCCAGAGCACUCAGGACCUCAGACUGGGGCGAAGGUUCACCUUCCAAUAGGACAACAACCCUAAGCACACACCCAAGACAACGCAGGAGUAGCUUUGGGACAAGUCUCUGAAUGUGCUUGAGUGGCCCAGCCAGAGCCCGGACUUGAACCCGAUCGAACAUCUCUGGAGAGACCUGAAAAUAGCUAUGCAGCAACGCUCCCCAUCCAACCUGACAGAGCUUGAGAGGAUCUGCAGAGGAGAAUGGGAGAAACUCCCCAAAUACAGGUGUGCGAAGCUUGUAGCGUCUUACCCAAGAAGACUCAAUGCUGUAGUCGCUGCCAAAGGUGCUUCAACAAAGUACUGAGUAAAGGGUCUGAAUACUUAUGUAAAUGUAAUAUUUCAGUUUGUAAUUUUUUUAACAUUUGCAAAAAUGUCUAAAAACCUGUUUUUGCUUUGUCAUUUACAUUUACGUCAUUUAGCAGACGCUCUUAUCCAGAGCGACUUACAAAUAUGGGGUAUUGUGUGUAGAUUGAUGAGUGAAAAAAACGAUUUAAUCAAUUUUAGAAUAAGGCUGUAAAGUAACAAAAUGUGGAAAAGGUGAAGGGGUCUGAAUACUUUCUGAAGGCACUGUAUGCCAUUUAGCAGACGCUUUUAUCUAAAGCGACUUUUAGUCAUGUGUGCAUACAUUUUUGUACAUAUGAGUGGUCCUGGGAAUCAAACCCACUAUCCUGGCGUUGCAAGAGCCAUGCUCUACCAACUGAGCUACAGAGGACCACAGUGAAAAAUGAUUGUCCAAAUCUAUCAUUCCACAAUUACUGCAGAUAUAUUAUGGACAUUUUGUGAAAGUACAAUGCGAAAAUCUUAUGUGUUGCUCUCUUUUUAUUUUGUUUUUUUAUAGCACACUGAUCUACAAGUUUGGACGAACUGAGGAUUUGUGGGCUUAGAGCGCUCUGCAUAGUACAUCCCUAACCCCAUCUCCCCAACACACACACACACACACUUGCUGGGGUACUACCCUUGUUUUUACCAGAGUCAAGGCCAACCGACUAAUACCACUCAGCUCUCAUCUACAAUGUUCAAUAUGGUAGCAUAUGUAUUACCAUUAUACGCCUACCUAUGGACAUUGGAGUAAUGUACUGUGUUUUUCUCUGCUUAUCUUUCAUGUAGUCUUGAUUAGAGGAAUGAUAAUGUCUUAGAUUGGCAUUCCUUAGAGGUACUCUUCCAUAUCUGGGCCCUGAAAUUCAGCCAUAUUCACAUACUGUACAUUAUAUUUAUACCUUUGACUAAAUUUAAUCCCACACAUUUCCUUCUAAAAUGAUUUCCUUUUAACAUAUUUGUAAUGUGUGACUAUUUAAAUGCAUUAUAUGCAUUAUGUCUAAAUGUCUUUUAAGUGUUAGUCCUACAACAUUCAAAUUUUUUUGGGGGGGAACAAAGUGUUGACAGUGACAUUUCAUCCACAUUAUGUGUAUAUAGUGUCCCAACAAUCUUACAGUGUCGUAACACUGUAUGUUAGGAGACGGGGGAAAAUUCACACUUUGUCAAAUAUAAUCAUAACAUUUGUUUCAUAUUUAUCCCCCCCCUCGCCAUAUUCCAGAGCACCUCUGACGUAUUAUUGUUUUGCCCUCAAGUGAUUCACCAUCUCCAGAAGAUUGUUUAUUUAUGUAAAUACAUGUAUUGUGUGUGAAUUGAAUGAUAAGCGCUAGAGGCCUUCACGAGUCCAAAAUGUUGGACCUGUUCCGAAAUGGACC